AUGGCGCCUGGGAAACGUCGCGUGCUUUUGACCGACGACGAGUCCUCUGGCGAGGACGCGCCUCUCUCGCAGAAGGCGAAGCGUUCACGUCGGUCUUCGGAACUCUCUUCUUCGGUGCCGCCUUCUCCCGCGGACGAAGGCGCGGGCUCGUCGGCAGGCCUCUCUCCCCCCAUCCCCGGCGUUAAAACAGAGCCUGCUCUGCGAGACGACCAGAAACAGACUUCUUCGGUGCCUUCGCCUGCGGGUGUCACCUCUUCGCCUGCGGGUGUCACCUCUUCGCCUGCGGGUGGCCGCUCGCCUGCGCCUUCGAACGGGAUGCCGACAAAGGCGCGGGACGAGGGCAGGCCUUUCGCCGCGCGCCUCGCGGCGGCGGCGGGCCCUGGAGGCGCCGCGACCGCGGUCGGUGACGAGAAAGGUCAGACCCAGCGCGACGAGACAGCCACACAGCAAGUCAAGCAGGAGUUCAAGGAGGCGGGUGCCGCCGCCGCCCGUCAAGCGCAGAUCAAGAGGGAAGGCAGCGACGAGGGGAAAGCGAAGUCAGAGACGCUCGCCUCGCGGGCGAGAGCCGCAGGCCCCAGCGGCGCCCCCCGGGGACCGAGUCCGUCGCCCGCCCGACUGGCUGGCUCGGUCAGUCCAGCGCCGAAGAAGAAACUCAACAAAUACGUGAAAACGGAGGAGAACUUCGAGCCGAUCAAUCGCUGGUGGGAGCGAACUGAGGCCGAAAUCGAGCGAGAGCAAGAGAAGCAGUGGUCAUACCUGGAGCACAACGGCUUGAUGUUUGCGCCUCCAUACGAGCCCCACGGCAUCGCCGUAAAGUACAAGGGGGAGACAGUGGCGCUCCCGCCGGACGCGGAAGAAGUUGCGAACUUCUGGUGUGGAGUCUUGGAGAGCGACUACGCGACCAAGACGCGUUUCAUCGAGAACUUUUGGAAGGCCUUUCUGCGGAAGCUGCCGAGAAACCAUCCCAUUCUGCGCGACGAGGGUCACGCGAACGCGAAGCAGGCCUCGGAGUACGCCAGCGGCGAGCCUCUCUCAGGGUUCGCGGCCUGCGACUUCUCGCCGAUCAAGGAGUACCUUGACAAGCAGAAGGAACUGAAGAAGGAGAUGACAAAGGAGGAAAAGGAGGUGGUGAAGCAGCAAAAACUGCAGGAAGCUGCGCCGUACGCGUACGCGCUGGUCGACUUCAUUCGCGAGAAAGUUGGCAACACGAGAGUGGAGCCUCCUGGCCUCUUCCGAGGACGCGGCGAGCAUCCGAAGCAAGGCAUGCUGAAGCGCCGCAUUUUCUCUGAGGACGUGAUUCUGAACCUCGCCGAAGACGCGCCGGUGCCGCGGGUUGCCCUUCCGGGUCACGCGUGGAAGGACGUUUUCCACGACAACUCAGUCACCUGGCUCGCCUUCUACCGCGACUCGAUUAACGACCAAGUGAAGUACAUGUAUCUGGCGGCGCAGUCGAAAUUCAAGGGCCAGCAGGACUUUCUCAAAUACGAGAAAGCUCGGAAACUGAAGCUCCACGUCGAUCGCAUCCGCCAGGACUACUUCAAGAAGAUGGAAUCUGCAAACUCCCUCGACAGGCAGCUCGGCACCGCCACGUACCUGAUUGAUUUCCUCGCCCUCAGAGUUGGCGGCGAAAAAGAUACAGAUGAGGAGGCGGACACGGUUGGCUGCUGUUCGCUGCGCGUGGAGCAUUUGACGUUCGACACGGCGAAGCAGGAAGUCACUUUUGACUUUCUUGGCAAAGACUCCAUCCGGUACUUCAACACAGUCAAGAUCCACCCUCAGGCGUUCAAGAACAUCGUCGGCUUCUGCAAAGGCAAGAAGCCUGAGGACGACGUCUUCGAUAAAAUCAACAGUGCAGCGCUGAACAACCACCUGCGGCAGUUCAUGCCUGGCUUGUCCGCGAAGGUCUUCCGCACGUAUAACGCGUCGAUUACGCUGCAGAAUGAGCUUUACAAGUUGGACCAGGCGCUCGCUUUGCGCGCGGCGGAACUCGACGGAAAGCCCGGCGCCAAGAAAGCGAAGAAGGAGGCCGUGAAGAUGCAGAAGAAGGAGCCAGAAUCCGACGAUGAAGACCAGCCGCUGGCGGCGGCGGCCGCUAAGGAGAACCCGCAAGAAGAGACCGAGGAGGAGAGACGCAAGCGAGAGGAGCAACUGCGAAGCAUCACGUGCAACAUCGCCAAUGUCGGCGAGCUCAUUCAGUUCUACAACGACGCUAACAGGGCCGUGGCUAUUCUCUGCAACCACCAAAGAAGCGUUCCUAAGCAGCACGCUGCGAGCAUGCAAAAGAUGGAGCACCAGCAGCUGAUGCUGGAGGAGGACAUUCGCGAGUGCGAGGCGUACCUCGCAUACCUCAAGAAACCUGCGUCGAAGAAGAAGGAGCACUUCAGCUUCGCGUCGGACGUCAAGGACUUCCAGGGCAAUCCGAGGAAAGCCGUUGUGAAGGACGGCAUGAAAGAGGAUGUUUGCGCACGGCGGCUGCAGGCGCUUCUAAAGCGGCGCGCAGACCAUCUGUUGAAGAUCAAGCUGAAGGACGACAACAAAACAGUCGCGUUAGGCACCUCGAAGAUCAACUACAUGGACCCGCGCAUCACGGUUGCGUUCUGCAAGAAAUAUGAAGUCCCCAUCGAGAAGCUUUUUAACAAGAGUUUGCGCCUCAAGUUCCCCUGGGCCAUGUUCGCCAAGUCGAGUUUCGAGUUUUGA